GAUCAUGAGGGAGAUAUGACGUGUGGAAAGAGAAACUUAACUAAAUGGAAACUAGUCCAUUGUAACAAUGCUAUAAAUAGUCCUGUGACUGAAACUCUUCACUUGGAAAGACAGCACAUCCCAGACGGAGAACAUCAUGGGUGUCUCAGGUUUAACCAAAUUAUUAAAUCAUCAUGGAAACAUUUUAGAAGAUUUUAAAUUCAGUGAAAGCAAGCUGGUCGUAGAUGGUAGUAAUCUGUUCCACUCUCUUUAUUUUAAAUCACGUUUGGAUCAGAAGCAUGGAGGGGAUUAUGAUGAUUUUGAGGACCAGGUCUGCAAGUUCUUUAAGGCUCUGAGAGAUUGUGGCAUUAAACCUUAUGUGAUUAUAGAUGGAGGCUCCGACCACACCGACAAAAAGUUUAAAACUCUCAAAAAUCGAGCUGAAUCAAAGAUCAAGAAUGCCAAAGCCUUGACUGAAUCAAAUAAUCUGGAAAGAGAUGUACUACCAGCCCUUGUCAAAUAUGUCUUCAAACAGGUCCUCUCCAGCCUAAAUGUGCCAUUCACACAGUGCAUCUGUGAGGCAGACCAAGGAAUAGCCCUCCUGGCUCGAAAUUGGAAAUGUCCAGUGCUGUCUGAUGACAGCGACUUUUAUAUCUUUGACAUCGUGGAAGGAUGUCUGCCCAUCUCUCAUUUUCAGUGGCAGGAGACGUCUGUGAGUCAACGAUAUAUCAAGUGCAAGCGCUACACCACAACAAGAUUCUCCCAACACUUUAACAUCAACAAACAGCUCCUCCCAGUCUUCGCUGUUAUGGUAGGAAAUGACAAUGUCUAUUUUGGCAUCACGUGGGAGGACAAUGAAGACAAGCCGCGUGUGGGAAGCAAAGUAAGACAAGCCAAGAGAGAUUUCCUACCUUGGAACGCAUCCUGAAAUGGCUGGCCAGCGUCCAGGAGAAAAAGAAGGCCUUGGAGUUAAUGCCCAGUCUUAUUGGAGACAAGAAUGCUGACGUCGUCUCUAGGGGCAUGAUAGACUAUGAUAUUCCAGAGACUCUACCCAGUUACCUGGAGGGGUUCUUCAGCAAUGACGUGGCGCCUGGCCUCGACUGUCUCCCAACGCCUCUGAGGGUCCUGCCAGAUUGGACCCUGCUGCUGUUGAUGAAGGGUAAGCUUCCCUCCCGCAUUGUGAACGUGCUGCUGCAUAAGAGGGUGAUGCAGAGUGCUCAAGUGGAAAAUCACGCCUUGGUCAGUGGGAACACCACCUCUCAGUUCAUACGGCAGGUACUCUAUGGGCUGCUGCUGCUUGGGAGCUCCCCAGUGAAGGAGCAUGACAGGAAAGGCAAGAACCUCAGAACCGAUGGGAGGAAGGCGGACCCGAGCAGUCAAAAGGUCUCAGAGGUGAAAGAGUAUGACAGGGAAGGCACGGAGCUGACAUACAGAAUGGUUAAAGCCAUCCUGCCCAGUGCUGCACAACACCUGCAGCUAGACACGCUGGAUAAGGCUCCACAUUCAGUGCGGCUUGAGGUGUUUUUGGAAACCCUUCGUGUGUCCCAGUCCACUUUGAAUGGUAUCCCACCUCAUCUGGAACUUCCUGUGGCUGUUACCUACUACUGGCUGAGGCACGCCCAUCCCCAACCAGACCGUCCUCUCCUGCAGGCCCUGCUACUAGGACUGGUCUAUGGAGAGUUCUGCAGAGAGAGGAAGUGCCAGGGAGUGGAGGCCGAGGGACCCGUGUUGGAGAGGCUGAGAGAGCUGACUCAGAAUCCUGUAGGAGCUGAUUUAAACCUGGGUGUGGCCCACGCCUAUAGCCAAUGGCAGUGCUGCCUGAGGGAGGGCCUUAACCUGAACCAACUGCUGUGCUUCCCUCUAACUGAGCCUCAGUGUGCCUGGCUGUACAGGGGCACUCUGGUGCACCAGCUU